AUGGCGCCGUCAGUUCUGCAAAAUGGUGGAUUCAUUUUGGGCUUGGUUGGUGCAGUAGCCCUCAUCGCAGCAACUUCCAUGAACAAAUGGAGCGUCAAGGACCGGCAGGGGGAUGUGGUGACAUCAGUUUACACCUACAAGGGUCUGUGGCGGGACUGUGAGACCGCUUCCUCGGGAUUCACCGAGUGUCGUCCGCUCUACGGCCUCCUGGGGUUCUCAGGAGCUUUCCAGGCGGUGCGAGCCCUGAUGAUCGUGGGUGUGGUGCUGGGCAUCCUCGGAGCAGUGAUAUCAGUUUUCUCCCUGACCUGCCUCACAAUGAACAGCAUGGCAGACACUACCAAGGCCAAGAUGAGCCUCACCGCUGGCAUCAUGUUCAUGAUCGCCGGUCUGUGUGGCAUCGCAGGAGCUUCUAUCUACGCCAAUCAGAUUGUGGCCACUUUCAGGAUGUCCACAAACUAUGGAGGAGGAUACGAAAACAACAUGGGAGGAGGGAUGGGAGGAGGCAUGGGAGGAGGGAUGGGAGGCAUGGGAGGAGGAAUGCCCAGAUACACGUUUGGCCCUGCACUGUUUGUCGCCUGGAUAGGAGGGGGCAUCCUGCUCAUUGGUGGCAUCCUGAAGUCAGUGGCUUUCAAGGAGAUGGUGAAAGAUGAAAAAUCACAUUACCCAGGGGUUACUUACAAACCUCAGCCCCGCACCAAAACCGAUCACCAAUCAGAGGGCGGCAAGAAGGACCAGAAUUAUGUGUAA